AUGUCUCGUAUUAUUGUCAAAGGCCUGCCCGUUUACUUGACGGAUGAUAAAUUGAAAGAGCAUUUUACAAAGAGAUUAGAUCAGAAGCACUCGCAUCAGGCUGUUAGUGGCAGCGGCCUAGAUCUCAUAACCGAUGUUAAGAUUCUUAGAGAUAGGAAUGGGGAGAGUAGGAGAUUUGGGUUUAUCGGUUAUCGAAACGAGGAUGACGCGUUCGAUGCCGUCGACUACUUUAAUGGCAGUUUUGUUAACACUUCCAAAAUAGAGGUUGCCAUGGCCAAAAGUUUUGCGGACCCAAGGGUUCCGCAGCCUAUGAAGGAGAAGAGGAGAGAAGCUUUGAAGAGGUUUAGAGAGAAGGAGGAAAGAUUGCUCCAGGAGCAAGAUCAAAAGAAAAAGAAACCGGAUGAUAAUACGCAUCGCAGCAUUGAUGACCAGAUUGGCAAGAACAAGCAGCUGCAAGAAUUUAUGGAAACCAUGAAGCCAAGUUCACAGGUCACAUCAUGGGAAAAGAUAGGCGUUGAUAAGAGUAUAGAAAACAAAGAACGACAAGAAACAGAGGAGGACUCCGGCGUUCAAGGGAACUCUCUAUUAGCCCAUGCCCUAGCUUUGAAGGGAGAUGAUGGCAAAGGCGAAGCAUUAAAAUUGGACAUUGAGAAUCAAAGUGAUGACGAGUACUCAGCUUUCAACACUAACAAGGAUGAAGGUCAAGGUGACGACAAAGAGGAAGAGAAGAUGAUGAGUUUGAGUAGCUUAGUUAGCGAUGAUGUCAAUAAUGACGAAGCAGAAAAUGCGAAAAGGAGAAACCUUGCUCAAGAUGAACAGGUUUCUGAUCUGGACUGGUUCAAACAGCGUCGUAUUAGAAUCAAAGAAAGUGGGGCGGAGGUAAGAGGAAAGCCAUCCCUUACUGCGAUUGAACAAAACGACAGUGUCGAUGCUGAAGAGGAACAACCAGAACCAACAGUCCCGCAAAAGACCGACGAAGAACGAGCCAUUGAGAAAAUUAACGAAACCGGCCGUUUAUUCUUACGUAAUAUCUUGUACAAUUCAAAGGAAGAGGAUUUCAAGGAACUGUUUGGCCCAUUCGGAGAUUUGGAGGAGGUUCAUGUGGCUUUGGAUACCAGAACCGGUCAAUCCAAGGGAUUUGCAUAUGUUCUAUUCAAGGAUCCUAAGAACGCGGUGAAUGCAUACGUAGAAUUAGACAAGCAGAUUUUCCAAGGUAGGCUAUUGCAUAUUCUUCCUGGUGAAGAAAAAAAAAGUCACAGGUUAGAUGAGUUUGAUUUGAAGAAUAUGCCAUUGAAAAAGCAAAAGGAGUUGAAAAGAAAGGCUGCCGCAUCCAAACAAACAUUUUCUUGGAACUCCUUGUACAUGAACCAAGACGCCGUCUUGGGUAGCGUGGCUGCUAAAUUAGGCUUAGAGAAAUCUCAGUUGAUUGACGCAGAAAACUCAAACUCAGCCGUUAAACAGGCUUUAGCCGAAGCUCAUGUCAUUGGUGAUGUUAGGAAUUAUUUCGAAUCGAAGGGUGUUGAUUUGACCAAGUUUACGCAGUUGAAGUCUUCGAAUCAAAGAGACGAUAGAGUAAUAUUGGUGAAAAAUUUCCCGUACGGGACAACUAGGGAAGAACUUGGCGAAAUGUUUGUACCCUAUGGUAAAUUAGAAAGAUUACUCAUGCCGCCAGCUGGUACCAUCGCUAUAGUUCAGUUCAGAGAUUCAACAUCUGCGAGAGCAGCUUUCACUAAGCUUUCAUAUAAGAGAUUCAAAGAUGGUAUAAUAUAUCUCGAAAAGGGCCCUAAGGACUGUUUCAGUAAGCCAGCUGAAUCAGAUGACUUGAUAGAUGACACUUCAGCAGAAGAACAACAAAAAGCGGUUGAAAUAAAACCUUCAUCAAACGAUCUAAUGGAAACAAAUACCGAUGCUAAUGAGGAAUCCUCAGCUACACACGAAGAAGAUAUUGCUGAAGGUCCAACUGUCUCAAUCUUCAUCAAGAAUCUAAAUUUCUCUACUACAAAUCAAAACCUCACUGACAGAUUCAAGGCAUUUAGCGGGUUUGUUGUUGCUCAAGUGAAAACGAAACCUGAUCCAAAACACCAAGGCAAGACUUUAUCCAUGGGUUUCGGGUUUGUGGAAUUCAGGACGAAAGAACAAGCAAAUGCUGUGAUAUCUGCAAUGGAUGGAACGGUAAUUGAUGGGCAUAAAAUUCAAUUGAAAUUAUCUCAUAGACAAUCCUCUCAAAACAGCAAUACAAAGACCAAAUCUAAUAAAAGAAGCGGUAAAAUUAUUGUUAAAAAUCUACCAUUCGAAGCUACAAGGAAAGAUGUCUUUGAAUUAUUCAAUUCUUUUGGCCAAUUAAAAUCGGUUAGAGUUCCAAAGAAGUUUGAUAAGUCCGCCAGGGGUUUUGCAUUUGUGGAGUUCUUAUUACCAAAGGAAGCAGAAAAUGCUAUGGAUCAAUUACACGGUGUUCAUUUACUAGGUCGAAGAUUAAUCAUGCAAUAUGCAGAAGAAGAUGCAGUGAACGCAGAAGAAGAAAUAGCCAGAAUGACCAAAAAGGUUAGGAAGCAAGUCGCUACUAAUGAGAUGGCAGCUCUAAGAAAUAAGGGUGGUAGAAAGAAACUAGAUCUCGAUGAUGAAGAUAAUGAAGGUUUUUAG